UAUUACUGGUAUUGUAAUCGAUGAAGAAGCGAUUUGCAAUGAUACUAUAGCGUUAAUAUCCUCUCGGAUGACAAACGAGGGAAUGACGUUGCAGAACAUAUUUGGCAUCCCAAUGCCAUACAACAAAUUAUCUCACCUUUUGUAGAACGCCGUGAAAAAUUGUCAAUAUCAUGACGUAGCGUUACCAUUGAAAUACGUAUCGUUCUAUUAAGAUAAUUAAGCGUUAUUCCAAAUCAUUUAUUUAUUUAAAUAUUCUCAAUACUUAGUAUAUUUUAUUAUAAGAAAUAUUUUAAUAGAGAAAAACUAUAAACAAUAAAUGCGAUUAUUGAAAUUAUUGGACAUUAUGAAAGAAUAUUAUUUUUUAAAUUAUUUUAAAAAAAAUGUAUAUUACAAGUAAAUUUUUGCAUGGUUUUUACUUUUAUUUGAUAAAAGUAUUAUUUGCGAUGUCAUUUUAAUAUUCUUGUGAAUCGUAUCAAUUCACGCUAUAGAAUAAUAGAAGAAAUCAUAUGGAGUGACAAUAUAUUAUUUUUAUUUAAUAUACUAUAUUCGUAAUGCCAUUAUAUUAUAUUAAUUUUUUAUAUAUUUAAAAAUUUUCAUCAUCUUUAAUUUGGGCAUAAAAAUUUCACGCGAUAAAAUAUUUACAUUUACUAAUAUUUACUUUUCAAAAAAAGGCAUUUUAUAUAUUUUCAUCCCAUAUGUGUUUUAAAAAUAUUUAAUCCCGUAUUUAUAUUUGGAUCAUUAUUCAUUAUAUAUUUCAAUUUUAAUAUUUACUAUAUAAUAAACAAUUAAUUAUGAUUACCUAUUAUUUGUAAAUAAUUAUUAACGGAUAUUAACGUAAAGAGUAAAUAGAAUAUAUCUGAAAAAAGAAAACUAAAAAAAAAAAAAAGAAUAAAGAUUAUCAAUUUUGUAUUUUUUUUAAAUUUUUCAAAACAAUUUUGUAUUAUUGCAUAGUUGUUAAUAUAUUAAAUAUAUCUGUAGUAGAUUCAUGAUAAAAGAUGUUUGCAAAUAAAUACUUAUAUAUAAUGUAUUAAGAUGAUGAGAUACAUUAUAAGAAGAUGCAUUUAUCAAACUCCGCCCUCCAGAAAAAAAUACCGCCUCUCGACAUGCGCCUUCGUAGUUACAACCCUCUUUCUCACUUGUGAUCGGUAGCAUCUGUUUGGGGUAGUAAGCAUCUAAUUCAAAUUUAUCCUCCUUCAUGUUUGGAUUCUUUGGUGAAGUGCGGGAAAUUUUAUCUUUAGUAUUAAAUUUUAUGGAAUUUUUAACUAAUUAAAAGAAAUUUAAAAUAUAAAAUUGUCUUUAAAAGAAAAUUUGCAAAAAGUUUGUAAUGUCUGGUAAGAAUCAAACAUAAUUGAAUAAAUAAUAUUUUCCAAUUUGUUAGAAUGUUAAAUUUUUUCAUUCAAUUACUUACAUACUUUUAUACAUAUAUACAUAUAAAAAUAAAUUGUAACAUUGUAUUAAUAAAAUAUUGUAAUAUAUAUAUUUCGAUUUUGCAAUGAAUUGCUUAAAUAUUUUGAAUGAAUCGUUUAAAUUGUUAGAAUAUCAAUUAACAUGAGCUUCGCUGUUUGAAAUAAAGAUAUAUUUUAAAAUAAAUUAUGAUUUAUAUUUCGUAAUUUUAUUAUUAAAUAAAACAAUGUGCAACAUAGUGCAAGAAAUGCCUUUAGAUUUGAGCUGUCGAAGUUCCGAAAGGAAAAUAAAUUUAUUAAAUUCAUCAAAGUUUCAAAAAUCUUGUUUAUCUUGUCAAACGUGUGGCAAAAACUUUGACAGACCGUCUUUGCUUAAAAGGCAUCUACGAACGCAUACAGGUGAAAAACCACAUGGUUGCACUGUGUGUGGAAAAAUGUUCAGUACAAGUAGUUCGUUGAAUACACACGUUAGAAUACAUACUGGAGAACGGCCACACAAAUGUCUCAUUUGCGGGAAAUGUUUCACGGCUUCAUCGAAUUUAUAUUAUCAUCGAAUGACUCAUUAUAAGGAAAAACCUCAUAAAUGCAACGAAUGCGAUCGUUCUUUUCCAACCCCUGGUGAUUUAAGGGCCCAUGGAUAUUCUCAUAGUGGUAAUUGGCCUAUUCGAUGUUCGGUUUGUAAUCGGGGAUUUUGCAAACCUGGAGCUCUACAUCAUCAUAUGCAAGUGCACGCAGGAAAUCGAUCGUAUCAUUGUAAUAUAUGCAAAAAACAAUUUUCUAUGAUGAAUAAUUUACGAUCACACGAUUUUAAUGUACUAAAUCGAAAUAUCGUUAAUUGUUUAAACGUAGAAAAUAACAAAGCAACGAUAACUGCACUUACUUUCGAAGAAGUGACUAAAAAUCAAUUUCCCGCAAUUUAUUCUUGGACUUCAUGGGUACCAUUCCACUAUUGAAAAUAUAAUAAAAUAAUUGAUUUGUUUUUUAAAGUGAUAAAUAUUGAAAAUGAAUCAUUUGAAGCGAAAGAUAAAAUAAGAUAUAUGCGAGUAAAUUUUAUUUAUUAUAUAAAUUGUACUAACAAAUAUAAUAAAAUUAUAAUGUCGCGUUUAAAACUGUAUCAUUAUCGUUAAUUAAUUAUUAUAUCGUUAAUUUUAAUUCUCCUUAAAUAACAAUAAUAAGGAUAAAAUAAGGUAUGCGCAUGAUAAUAAUAUUCAUUAAGAAGUAUCAUACUUUAGAGAUGAUAUAAAAUGUAAUGGUAUUUUUCAUUUAUUUAUUUAUUUAUUUGUUUAUUUAUGUUCGCACAGUUUCUCAUUAAACAAUAAUAUAGAUAGUUUGAAUAAUAUUUUAAAGAAAAAGAAAGGAGAUUAAAAAUCGAUCAAACCAAAACACGUAUAUCAUUCGAAUUAUCUCCGUUAUUUGAAUAUUGACCGAAGUCGAGUAUCGGUUCCUUUUGCAAUUUAAUUUUCUCGCUGCUUGGUACGUAUUCCAAUUCGACUAACACUAUCUCAUUUUCGCCUAUUCUUAAAAAAGAUGCAGGAAUAUAAAGAGUUAUUUGAGGACCAA